UGCAGAAAAGAAACUGCGUUGCGUCUUUUUGACGAACGGAUUAUGAGUAUCACGAGGUUCAUUUUUAUCAUCCUUUGGCUCAUUUCAGGUGCUCAGUGUAAAACGGAUGACGAAUUAAAAGUAUUUUCUGUUCAGACUGGAGGAUCUCUUACUAUUCCAUGUCAUUAUGACACACAAUAUAUUCAACAAAAGAAAUACUGGUGCUAUCAUGCAAAAGGAGAAUACAAGUCCUGCUCUGUUCUGGCAUCCGCUAAUGAAACUAAAGGAAGAGUUUCAGUCAUUGAUCAUCCUGAUCAGAGUUUAUUUACCGUCACUAUGACAAACCUGCAGGAUCAAGACUCUGGAAAAUACUGGUGUGUUGUGGAAAUUAAAAGCAAUCAGAAAAAUCCGAUUUAUGUUAGAAUCCAAUCAGUUCCUGAUGUGUCUGUGGUGUCCAGCAGUGUAUCUGGAGAUGAAGGUGGUAAUAUCAGUGUAAAGUGUCUCUAUAGUUCUGCAUAUAAGAAUAAACACAAACACUGGUGCAGAUAUAAAGACAAGAGCUGUUACUCAUCCCAGAGUUCAUCAGUUGAGAUCAGUGAUGAUGAGAGAGAAUCUUUCACUGUGUUGAUGUCUGGACUGAUGCUGAGUGAUUCUGGCUGGUACUUCUGUUCUGUAGGAGAUCGACAGGCUCCUGUUCAGCUCACAGUCACGUGUAAAGCUCAUUCAAUCAUCAACAAAACAGAAGUGAACACAGAUACUGACUCAACAAGAGACUUAAAACAGUACGGCCAUCUGAGAUUGUGGCAUUUACUUGUUGUGCUGUUGUUGCUGUUGCUGCUGAUAACGAUUGUUAUAACGACCAUAAUACUAAGAAACAAACACAAGAGAAAUAACACGCACAUCACACACGAGAAACCAGAUACAACCAGUGAUACAGAUGACUCUGUUAAUCCAGAAUGUGAUGUGACAUACAGUUCUGUGAUUAAACUUCACCAGACUAAAGCUUGCCAUCCAGUAUCUGAAGAGGAAAAUGUGAUCUACAGCUCUGUGUGUGAACAGGUGUCUGAUCUGGAUUAAAUCGGCCUACAUUAGCAAUAUAUGAACACAGCAUGCAGAAUACUGUACCUGGCCCCAUAUUUACAAUCCAAGUUUAAUGCAACUGGUUUGUCCUUGUACAUAUACAAAUAAGAACAUGUACAUUGCUGUGUCACAUUAAAUAUUGGUAUUCAUUUAAUGAGACUUCUAGGAACAAAUGUGUAUUACGUUAAAAGUUAUCAGUUAAGUUCAUAUUUGCUAUACUGUCUGUUUUUUAAUGUUUCAUAGUUUAUUUUUAGCAUCAAGUAACUAUCCCGAGAGGAUUUUAUCAAUUAGGUCCAGCAACUCUGUUUGGUUUGAGAGUUCAGGUGAAUCAAAAUUCUGUCAGACGUAUUUUGCCCAUUCAUUUUACAUUGUAUUAUUUUGUUCAUCUGGUUACAUUUUUAUAUUAAAUUAAAUGUGUUCGGGUGGUGUUGAUCUCUAGUGAUGCUGUCUGUCUGUAAACUACACAAAUUAAAGCAGUGCAAAAAUGA